UUGGGAUUCAAAAACUCGAGCCCCCCACGAUCUCCGGAUUUGCUGUCUCUGCUGAUCCGCUUGAUCCCGUGCUUGCUGAUUCAAAACAUAACCGCCCCGUACCGGACCAACGUUCAACUGACCGCCACUCCCAUCUCUAUAUAUCUCUAUGCCGCAACGCUGCAUCUUUUGACAUCAUCACAUCAUCACAACGCAAAAAAAGCAUAUGCGCGCUCCGGCGCAAUGUGCGAACGUCGAAGGGACCCCGUUGCCCUCACCACCAUGACCAUAUUUGACGAUGCUGUGUACUUUGGCGAGGCGCUCGAGCUCCCCGCAAACCAGAACGAGGAGGACUUGUGGAAUGAGUUGACGAUACGAGCGAGAGAGGCGGGCAUCGAGGACCCUUAUCGCUUUUUGUUUUUGCCAACACACGACACUUCUAGCGCUGUUUCCACCUCGACCGAGGAUAGCGAAUUCAGAAGUUCUAUAUCUAUUCGCUCCCAGGAAACGCACUCGACGGGCCUUACGUCAACGUCGGUGCCUUCGAGGGCGUCGAGGGACCAGUCAUAUUACAGCGAAUCGCCGUCAGCCCAGAAAACGCCUUUUAACCUCGUACAGGCUUCAGUGUCGGCUGACAACCUAAACAUCAUGCAAACUGUAUCAUCCGUCUCGCCUGGCUUUAGACAGAGACAUUCAACCUCGUCUGUUACACAGUCCAGAUUCUCCAGUGUGGCGCCCCAGAAACCCUCAGUUCGGCGACAUAGGACGUCAGCCCUGUUUGGCAUGUUCAGAAGAGGCUCGAGUACCUGCACUUCCCCAUCACACCAUGGGAAUCAUGGCAAGGCUCAAGGACCAAAGUUGGAUUGCGGUCACUCGUUAUCCACAUAUGCUCUACGUGCCCACAUCCAAGAAGCAAGACGAAGCAAAGGCCAAGUAGCACCUAGUUGCUGCGGAACACUGCUGCCACGCUCCGUACUCGAGAUUGUCCUGACCAAAGAAGAGGCUGACAUCGCACUGAACGGUUCUCCUCAAUCACCCGACAUCGCGCCUUCGCGAGACUCCGGGUACAGCGAGAAAGGAAUAUCAACCUACGAUCUGCCCGGCCUGGUAGAUCGCAUCUCCAUCACAGGAGCACCACCAACCCCACCAGCCAGACAGUCCACCCACGAGGACCCCGAGCCCAAAUGCCCCGGAGUAAACGAGGCGUACAAAGCCCUCAAAGCCCGACAGCGAGAACAAUUCCAACGGAUCCAAGCCUUCGAAUCUAACCAACGAAAAGCACUCUCCGCCCACCACCAAACCGCCCUAAAAAACCUGACAGCAACCCACGAACUGACCAAGCGACAAAAAACAGAACAACACAUAUACGCCCUCGAAGCCCUCGAAGAGCAACAAAUCCUCGCCGAGCACGACCUGCGCAAAACACAAACGCAGGAGGCGCAAAACGUCGCCACAGCCCUAAAACACAUGCAAGCCUACUGCACCUCCUCCUCCACCAACCCUCCCACAAACAACACCCUUGACUUCGAACCCACCCGCCAAACCCACACCGUAACCCCCUCCGACCACGCAAAACUCGCCCGCCAACACGCCCUCCAGAAAAACCUCCCCCGCAAACACACAAGCGCCAUAAACGUCCUCCGCGCCCGUCAGGAGCGCUACAUGCAAGCUAAAACACAGCUCCAAGCCGCCGACACCGCCGCGUUAGAUGCGGUUUUCGCACGCGAGAAGACGGCGCUGGAGGAGCGGCGGCGGAAAGAUACGGCGCGCUUGGAGGCUGUGGUUGAGGCAAGGCGGAAGAGGUUGCGCCAAAGGUGGGAUCUGGAGUUUGAGAUUUGGCGGAGGAGGGAGGAUGGGAGGGGGAGUACGGCGGCGGCGGGGGUUACGGUUACGGUUGCGAUGGUGGGGAAGGUGGAGUGCGAGCAAGAGAGGGAGAGGGAGAGGGAGUGCAGACGCGAUGACUGGCCGCGUAUGUGUGCGCAGCAUGAUGAGCGGGCGCAGGCGCAGGUGCAGACCAGCUCUUUUGCGUCGUAUUUGCGCGCUACGGCUUGAGUUUUGGUUGUGCGUCUUUCACUCUCUUACUUGGGAUGCGUAUCGGCGCUGGUCUCGCCACUCGUCACCUACUCACCGCCCCCCUCCCUAGCGGAUGAUGUGUUGCUGGACAAAGUCUGGUACAUGUUUCCUUGUGGUCUCUGUUUUUUCUUUGCUUUUUUCUGCUUUUGUUUUCGGGUUUGUUCGGGUUCGUUGCGUUGCGUUGCGUUGCGUAAUAUACCCCCCUCACUGCACGGCGCGGCGCGGCACUACAUCACACUACACUACACUGUAUGGAAGUGUUCCAGGUUGAAGAUUAGCCUCUCAUUCAUAGUCCUCUGGAGAAGAAAUGAAGAGAAGUUGGUAAAGAGUGGUACCCAGUAGUAUGAGCUCAUCAAUCUCUCUACUUCCUAUAGAGUAAAAUACCUACCAUACAACAAAUACCCUCGAUACAUACAUAUCGGACAUAAAUCUAUCCUAACAACACUU